UUGUUUGCUUUUGCGAUUCGAGCAACGUCAUCUCUCACACUGUUCGCUAUCUUUGCAAACAUAUUCUCGAUUCUCUCGAUUCUGUUCUACAUAAUCGCGACUUAAAAGCCGCUCGGCUUCUAUUAGUGCAGUCACUAUACGCGUGAGUCUCAACGUAGCUGGAGCACGCUUUUAAAAUAAAACUCUAUAGAAAUAUAUUUAAAAAAAACUUUAUAUGAUGGGGGCCAAGCAUUUUGCUGGUCUGUUGUUCUGCCUGAGUGCCCUGCUGCUCGUGGGAGCAGCUAUUGUGCCCGUAAAGGAGCCACAGGAUGAGCAUAAACAGGAGCUGUCCACUACAAACUCAACGCUGGAGCUUGUGCAUGUGCUAUUUCGCCAUGGACCACGUACCCCCGUCAACACCUACCCGAAGGAUCCGCACUUGAACGAAACUUACGAGCCAUAUGGCUGGGGAGAACUGACCAAUGCAGCCAAGCUGGAGCUCUACAAAAUUGGAAAACAAUUGCGCAAUCGUUACAAACAAUUUCUUGUGCCCUACUAUCAACCGGAUAUGCUUCACGCUCAAGCCACGGAGUCAUCACGCACCCUAAUGUCGAUGCAGAUGGUGCUGGCAGGUCUGUUUCCGCCAGAGAAUACGCCCAUGGAGUGGGAUGCGAUGCUGAACUGGCAACCAAUACCAAUCUACACAGAGCCUGAAGCAACCGACACGCGUCUGCGUCAGAAGGUGCCUUGCCCCCGCUACGAGGAGGCCGUGUGGGAGGUGAUGCAUUUGCCGGAGGUGGUUGCACUGCACGAGGAGAACUCGGACCUGCUGCAACAGCUAACCGAAUUGACGGGCCUCAAUGUAAGCUAUGCGCACGAUGUGACCAAUGUGUUCAUCUCGCUGCUGGCGGAGCAAGCCUACGGCCUGGAGCUGCCAGAGUGGACAAAGGAAUACUUUCCAGACAAAAUGCGACCACUGGCUGCGAAAUCGUAUACCUACGAUGCGUACACGCCGGAGCUGCGCAAAAUCAAAGGAGGUUUCUUUCUGGCUGACAUGUUCUACCAUAUGCAGUCAAAGAUAGCUGGCAAACUGCAACCAGCUGGUAGAAAAAUGUACAUAUCCUGUGCACACGAUUGGAGCAUAUCGAAUGUGCUAAGCGCCCUUAACGUUUGGCAGAAUCAGAUGCCCCGUUUCUCAGCCCUGAUAGCCAUUGAGCUGCAUAAACGCAACGAUAGUGAUGACUACUUCGUGGAGAUAUAUUUCCAAAAUGAUCCCAACCAACCACCGCAACUGCUGCAGGUGCCCGGCUGUGACAAGCAGUGUCCCUUAGCAAAGCUACUGGAGCUCACCGUGGAUGUGCUGCCGGACGCACCAUAUGAGCAGCUGUGCCUCGCCCGGGGCACUGGCGACGGCACCCGCAUCAGCUAUCACAAAUGAGAGGUACUAAGUUUCAUUCAGCAGUAUUAACUAUGUAAUAUCUUAAUAUGAAGUGUUUAUAUAAGAGGCUUCUGAUAGCUAUAUAUAAAAUAUGUAUUCGCCUCCGUCUGA